AGAUAGCGGCGUCGGUGAGGCGGUGCAUCAGGGCCGAGCGACCAGUUCCAGGCCUGACAACUGGCAAAUAUUGAAACAUGGGCAUGCAUGCCUGAGGGUCGAAUGACAAGGCGCGCAGGCCGCAAGGACGGAAGCCACUAUCCUAGAAUUAUCGAGCUGGGGAAGACUGUCACGCCUGCUGACCUGUACCCUAGUGAUAUAAAGGGUCGUAGACAUCCGCGAAGGGGUACAUUCACUUCCCACCACCUUUUGACUUCGCUGUCUACGAAUCUCACCCACCGCACCCACACACAAAUACAGCACGUUUGGCUCUUGGGCUUUCGAUUCUCUUCACAUCAAACAGGACUAUUACAUGUCGCCUCUUCUAUCUCGACUAUCAUCAAGCCCUCACCAGCCCCGAAGUGCGGCGAGUCGUGCGACUGCUGCGGUUGCGACGAAGGACACCUGAUACUCAGUCACAAUGCUACGACCGACUUAUUGAAGGAUACCUGGGUGCUGUCAGAGAGCGAACAUUAUCAUAGGCAGGCUUGCUACAAACCGUUCAAUAUAGCCACUGCUUUCUCUUGGCUUGAGCCCAAUUGCUGUGCUCUCGAAUCACUACCUCAUCAACUCCCAUCUGACCUGCGACGCUAUCGCCAUACCUCACCACCUCGAUACAUCAAUUCCCUACCUGUUCGUACCUUUGUUGACCGCAAAGUAACAACAUUUCGGUCAUGACUCGGUUGAGCACAGGUGUACGCAAAAGUGACGUAAUUCCUCCAUCACAAGAGCGUACCUGGUAAAUGUUGCAACGAUCAAAAGAGCCUCACGGGCUCUUCAAGUCUUACAAUAUAGAGCUCCACGCUUUCAAGACACCAGAAGUCAUCCCCCACUUACUCAUAUCACAAAAGCAAACGUUCACAAUGCCCCCGUAUGUCGCCCGUGAUGCUAUCCUGAGGACUUCAAAGACGCUUUCGCAUCUGCUGAGACCUACUGUUCGCUUUGCUCACACACAGCGCAGGACUUUGCCUGACUUCUCGCUUGAAGGCAAGGUCGCUGUUGUUACCGGGUAUGAGACCACCAACCUGCGCCAGGGGCGGCUACGAUCCGUGUCGCAAAUUCUUCCUAGUUAGAAGUAUACAUCAUCUUC